AUGAGUCACGAGCAACCUGAGCUGCUUGGCUUCUGCGCCGAGGCAGCGCGUCAGAUCAGAGACGAGUGCGAAAUGAUACUUGGCAACAGUACCAUUUCAGACAAUAAUGAGAUGGAAAUAUCGGGAUGCGGUCAGCCCUUGGUGAAGCUUCUCAAGGAACAGGCCUCUCAAGUAUCCAAGAUACUCAGCUCGCCGCAGUCUAGUGGUCCGCUCAACAACGGUCAAUUGCCCAGCAAGACUGAUCUUGUGCUGCAACGCUUGGACGACAUCAUCUCCAUCGCCUACACAAAAUUCUAUGCUUAUCUUUACAAAGACCUUCCCGUGUGCUGGAGACAACUGUACACGGAUGCCAGUAUCCUCAGGUUCUGCCACCUCUUGUCCCAAACACUGCCAGACGAGACUUCUGCAGGCCCAGCUGAGAAGCUACAGCUCGAAGAAAGCCUACUCGCUGAGCUCGUCAAGACGCUCGACUUGGCGCUCAUUCUUGCCGGCGGCGGAGGCCGCCUCAGAGGACGAAGAUGGAUACAAGUUGCCCUCGAUCUAUUGCAGCACUCUCUACCUCUAGCCGGAAACUCCCCAACGGCGUUGGAUGAUUCGGGGAGGCCCAGUAAACGGCCAAGAUUGGACGAUGAGACCAUAGAUGGUAGCACACCAUUCUCGAAGAUUGAGCCAUUUACACCCCCCGUGAAGCAGCCCAUCACCCGUGUGCCGGCCAUGUCCAUGGAGUCAUUUCAAAAGCAUCUUAGUCAAGCGUUAGACACAGAAUCGGGGCCGGCACCCAUAAUCAUGACGGGCAUUACAGAUGAAUGGCCAGCAAGGACAACAAAUCCUUGGAAUCAACCUCGAUACCUUUUAUCGCAGACACUCGGCGGUCGCCGUCUGAUACCAUUCGAAUUUGGACGUAGCUACGUCGACGAUGGAUGGGGCCAAAAGCUCAUCACCUUUGGCGAGUUCUUGCAAACUUAUAUAGACGGCCCCCUUGCUGGGGAUGGUACAACAGCAGAAGUUGAUGGGCGCCAGCAUAUCGGAUACCUGGCGCAGCAUCCUCUGUUCACGCAACUCCCAGCUUUGCGCAAGGAUAUUUUUAUUCCGGAUUACUGUUACACCGCACCUCCGCCACACCCUACCGACCCAGAGAUGGAUCAGCCAGAGUUAGAUGAGCCUCUACUAAAUGCGUGGUUUGGACCUCCAGGGACCAUUACACCGCUGCAUACUGACCCGUACCACAACCUUCUGGUACAAAUCGUGGGUCGCAAAUAUGUACGUCUGUACUCACCCCGCGAGACUGCUCGAAUGCAGGCCCGUGGCAAAGAGAACGGCAUUGAAAUGAGCAACACGAGUUUGUUAGACGUGGGCGUUCUUGAAGGCUGGGACCAAUCCACCAGCCAUGAUGAUGACGCCGGCAGCCCAGGACACGUUUCGGCUGAGAGCAUGCGAGAGGCUUUCGCCAAUGUUCCAUACAAAGAUUGUAUACUGGAGCCGGGUGACACUUUAUAUAUACCCAUCGGAUGGUGGCAUUACGUUCGCGGUCUAACUGUUAGUUUUUCCGUCAGUUUCUGGUGGAAUUAG